AUGGCGAUGGCCCAGGCCUACCCACAGGCCUACAUGCAGCAGCCCAACAAGGGAACCCUCCUGCCUGGCCAGACGAUUGCGGUUAACAGGUACACUGUCCAGGUCGAGCGCUACCUCAGCCAAGGAGGGUUCGCACAUGUCUACCUCGUCAAGACGGCUCAGCCUGUGCACGAUACAACGUAUCAUGUUUUGAAGCGGAUCGCGGUGCCCAAUGAGGGGAUGCUCACCGAGGUUAAGAAGGAGGUGGAUGUGAUGAGGAUUCUGAGAGGCCAUCCUAACAUCGUGUACCUGAUUGACGCUGCAUGGCACCGCUUAUCAAACGGGACAUACGAGGUAUUCAUCCUGAUGGAGUACUGUGCAGGCGGCGGCAUCAUCGAUAUGAUGAACCGUCGGCUACGUGAACGUCUAACCGAGCCCGAGAUUCUCACCAUCUUCUGUGAUGUGUGUGAAGGUCUGGCUGCCAUGCACUCGCUCAAGCCUCCCUUGAUUCACCGCGACCUCAAGGUGGAGAACAUCCUCCAGGCGUCGUCCACACUUUACAAGCUCUGUGACUUUGGCAGCGCGACACCGGUACAAAGAGUACCCACCAAUGUACAGGAAUUACGAAUGCUGGAAGCCGAUCUCAAUCGGCAUACUACGCUGCAGUACCGUGCACCGGAGAUGGUUGACGUGUACCUUCGACGGCCUGUGGAUGAGAAGAGCGAUAUAUGGGCGCUUGGGGUGCUGCUGUACAAGCUCUGCUAUUACACAACACCGUUCGAGGAACACGGCCCACUAGCAAUCCUGAACGUACAGUACAAGAUCCCGCCUUAUCCCGUUUACUCACAGCAGAUGAAUGCGUUAAUAGCCUCGAUGCUGCGCGAACAUGGUGCACAGCGGCCUUCGGUGUUCGAGAUUCUGGCACAUGUCCACAGACUACGGGGUACGAAGUCACGGUUCACGUACAACGUCCCGUCGAAGGAACAACAGAUCCCCCCGCGUGCUGUCCCUACAGCACCAUUGCAGACGCUCUCUCCCAACACAAUACCUCCGGUGCGGCAGCCCGCAAAUCUUCUAGAUGACCUCGUGACGUACAGGCCACAUCAGCCAUCGUCAUUGCCGCUCAAGUCGUCCAGUAUCGAGGCACGCGACAAAGUGCUGGAUGCUAUCGCGCCAAUGCGCCGGGGAAGGCCUGUGCAUUCGAUACCAUCACCACCCGCGAGUCCGAAGCAGGAGCGAAGGCCCGACUUAGAUGCUGACCGUGCGCAUUACCAUGCGCGCGGGCACAAAACUGGUCUUGCUACCGUCAAUGGGACCACAUCUGAUCAUAGCAAGAAUGAUGCCGAUGCAUGGGCACCCAGCUUCCGGAUGGAACGAAAGCCAGUGCCGAGCUUGGAAUCGGACAAGAAGGCUUUCGAAAAAGCUUUCGGCGACGACUUCACGUCUUUCGGGAAGAGCUUCGGAGACUUCCAACCUGCGAAGUCUCCUGCACCAUCUCCCAAAGCGCAACCUUACCCCCAGCUCCAGCCGCAGUCUCAACCUCAGCCUCAGACCCUGCCUGCUCCGUCGCCGAGACCACUGCCUAGCACUCCGCAGAUGCAGCAUCAAUCAAUGCGCAGAGCAAAGGAUGCGUUCGAUGGACUCGGUCUUGCUGCUCAGCCGUCGCCUCCCACGCUCGGUGAAGCGCGCAAGAGCAGAACGGGCCUUGCUACCUUCAGCUCGUCUCUGAACUCUGCUGCGAGCAGCUCGUCCGCACAGUAUCUAAGCACAGCAUCCAAUCAAGUGAACGGGCUCGGGACGAGUAACACCGUCUACCGGCCACCUACUUCCCAUUCUCCCCUGCCUCCUCCAUCUCCUCAAUUGCAAUCGCAGCCACCCCUCUCCUCACUACCACCCAGCAUGCAACCAUGGCGGGCGAGUAGAGUACCCUCGUCGCAAGGUCAGCCACUGAGUGCGGAGGAACGCUUCCCGUCUUUGGAGGAGCUGGACCGCGAGUUCGGCUCACCACCUCCGCCUACGCCGAGCAAGGACAGGUCUGCAGAUUUCCAUGCACCUGUACCUCCGUCAACCGCAGAGAGGCCCAUCUUAAGCUCACGGCCACCAUCCAAGAUGAGUUAUAAGGGCGGUAUGCGCCCGACUGCGGUGGAGGGACUUCCUGCGGUGGGCACGUCAGCUCCCAGCUCACAUGCGACGACUGGGCUGGGUAAGAGCCGGUACGAUGGCGUCCGCUCACAGCACGUCACAGGCACUGCGAUGCGCGAAUCUCAGUCUCGUUACGGCAGCGUCGCCAGGCAAUCGUCGCUCUACGUCCGUCCAGCAGCAGUGAUUCCUCCUCCCAAUAGGGAUAGGGAGAGUCUGCGGGAGAAGGAGAGGAAAGUGGUUAAGCAGGAAGAAGAGGAGAAGAAGCAGGACGUCGUAGCUGUCCUGCGGAGUAGACCAUCUGCGGCCCGACGCCAUCGACGCCCAGGAGAUGGGAAAACGCCAACGCGGACAGAGUCGAAGGAUGCUUCGUCUAAGACUCCGACCGAAGCGCAAACGCCCGCCCUCCCACCUCGACCUGAACCUAGUAAUGCGGAACCUGAACCUCGUAAAGAACCUCGCGAUUGGCUGACAGGAGCAGACGACGAGGAGCCGGCCGUGGUGCCGCCUCGUCCCCCUCCGAAAGCUGAGUCCCAGCCUCAGCCUGUCCUGCGUGACACGCCGAGCAAGCGUGCAUCGUACGUUGAGCGAAGCCCGGCUGAUUCACAGAAGCCGCCAGAGGCAGAGCGUGUCGCAGAAUCACCUGCGUCUGAGAUGAUGCACGAGAGGAGUGCCAGGGAACUGAGGCUGGAGAGGGCGGAAAGGAGAGAGCGGGAGAGGGACGAAGAUAGAAGAAGAGAAGAGAGCAAGCGGAAUUCGUCCAGCCGAUCGAGGGGCAAUAUCAGUGGGACAAGCACCGGUGCGCAACAUGCUACGGGUAGCAGCAGCAGCCGAGGGCUGCAGCUCCCGCCUGUUGAUACGAAGCUAUCCUCUCGAUCUGGGAUCACGCCUUCUCCGAGCGGGCUGACGGAGAACUGGAGUCCUAUUGCUGCCUCGGCUGACACUCCGUCGAAGCGAUCUCCCUCUUGUUCGUCGAGUGAUGGUGGGCCGGAGGACGUGCGCAGGUAUGUCCCGAGGGAUGUCCCGAGGGAUGAUCGCAGGACGAGGGAGCUCGAGAGGCCGGUUAGGCAGAGCAGCGAUGAGGACAGAAGGAGUUUGGCCAGGAGUAAAGGACGACAAGGCUCAGUGCACAACCUCGUAGACCUAUGGGGCAGUAAUACGAGCCACAGCACCUUGGAGCAGGAGAACACCCGGGAGAAGGAGAAGAGUAGUGUCAGUGCAGCGAGACAGUCUGACAGCCGCAGGUCGGUGAUUAUGCCAUCUCCAUCUGUGAGGCCUCCGCCGCUCUCUGCGAAAACACGUUCAGAAUCUCGCUCGGAGUCUCCACGGCCGCUCAUCGAUAUGUCUCCUACCCGGAGCCGAAUGCUGCCCUCUCAAACAACGUCCAGCAGUCAGCGAAGUCAGCCAUCUAUUUCGUCCGCUGCUCGUCGGUCCACAGUCAUCUCAUCUCCAAGUUUGCAUACAUCCGGACGGUCUCGUCCACAAUCUAUGUUCGUUCAUCCCAUUGCGAAAACCUCGUCGACUGACUCCAGUGCAUCCACGUCUCAUGCCGCUGCUCGCUCCGCCCACCAGCAGCAGCAGCAGCUGUCUCCACCUGCAGAUAUCUCGAGGCGUUCUAUGCGUAGGAGUUCAAUAACGGACAUGGUACAACACUACGAGGUGAUCGACAGUACGGCGAAGGCUCCUGGUCCUUCAUUAUCAUCGAAGCCGGCCGCUUUGAGCACGAAACCUACCAGAUUGACGGGAGACAGUGGCUCGACGGUGACUUCUCCUUCUGCUGCUGCUCAGCGGUUCCCGAAGCUUUCCCCGCCAUCCUCUCCUGUGAUACCCAAACCAAACUUGGCCGUGCCGGAUGAUGCGGGCCAGGGACGAGCGGAGCGGGAAUUGAUAAAUGGAGGACGGGCAUCGCCCUCCGGCCUGCCGUCGCGCGCAUCUCCUGUCGGCAGAAGGGAUAGGUCACGCAGUAGACCGCCAGCGAUGAGCGGCUUGCCUUCGCGGCGGUCUCCGGCACCACUGUCCAGGCCGUCCUUCCAAGACCGCAGCCCGCAAAGAGAAGAGAUGUCGGUAGUCCCACGCCCUGUACGGAGAACGACGAUGCCUGCCGAGGAUACCACCUCUCCUCCCCUGCGGUCUCCGUCGCCGGAGCGGCCAUACCAGGGCGUGUCUAAGCUCAUUGACCGGUGGAACCGUGCUGUGGAUGACUCGGGGCAGGCCCCGUCUCAUGGGCCGAUGAAGCGCGGCGGUAUUCCCGCGCGGAGAGUCAGUGUUGUCGGUGGAGAAUCCGGACGAGGACGAUCAUAG